AUGUCAUCCAUCGUUCUCGGCGAAGAGCGUGUAACAGACGAGCAAGAGGUUUCAGAUGCGCCUCAGUCUGCAUCGAUACAACCGACUGCAAAAGGACAUGCUUGGGAGGAGGCUACACUACUGGCAACAGGAGGCGAUGAAGAGCUUAAUUGGAGCAGUUACUCCCGAGGCAGUGGGAAGCGGUCAGCAGGAGGGUUCCGGGGUUUAAUCUUGUUAGCUUUAUUCGCUGUGCUCAUUCCCGCUCUAAUCAUUUCAUUUGUGCGGGCAGUUUGCAGAGCCUCUACCUCCGCCGUAACAAACAGAGAGGCAGGAGCUUCGAUUCGCAGGCUGUCAGACAGCGAGGAAAGUAACGAAGGACAAGGUUCCGUAUCACAGCUCUUGGAAGAGUGCGCAUCUAUAGAGGAGGAAUUGGGACUGAGCCUUCUCGAAGAAACCGAUCCAGCUAGAGCCUUGGACGAAGCUGAAGAGGUGGCAAGGGUGGCCUUUCAGCUGUAUCAGGAAGCGAUCCAGCUAGAGCCUUGGACGAAGCUGAAGAGGUGGCAAGGGUGGCCUUUCAGCUGUAUCAGGAAGCGAUAG